AUGCUUGAUUUUGAUGUGAGCAAAUAUCUGAGUGAAAUAUCCCAUGCAGAAACACAGGCAAUGCUACAUGAGUUAGAGCAGGGACAAUCUGAAUCAAUGUUGACCCCCCGACGAUCACAUACAACCCCGGCGCCCCCGGGCUCUCCUCAGCAGACGGCGACUGCCACAGCCCCACGCGUUGCCGGUAGAUUUGUUAACAUGGACGAAAAUGACUUAAGAAACUUUGUGGACCAAAACGAGAAUAUUAACACGAAAAAGAAAACUCUUUGUCAUAUGAAACUGUUUGAACAUUUUCUGAACGACGUAAACGAAUUGCGCCAAAUGCACCAAAUCCCAACUACCGAACUCGAUUCGCACCUUUCAAAAUUUUUAAUUUGUGUACGACAGAAAGAUGGUAGCGAGUAUCAACCCAGUUACUUAAGAGGGAUGCUUGGCUCGUUUGAAAGGUAUUUAAAACGUCAUAGAUAUGGGUAUAGUUUGAUUUCCAGUCAUCAGUUCGCAGGUACGAGAGAGGCGCUCAAAACCAAACAAAAAGAUUUAAAAAAGAAAGGAAUGGGGAAUAAACCAAUGGCAGCGGAUGUUAUCACCGAUUCUGAAAUAAACACUUUGUAUGAGACAAAACAGCUAGGUAAAGACACACCUGAAUCUCUGCUGAACACCGUAUGGUUUAACAACAUGCUUCAUUUCGGGAUGAGGGGAGGAGAUGAGCACAGACAGUUAUGCUGGGGUGACCUAAAACUUGGAUAUGACCAGGAACUUGAAAGAGAAUUUUUACAAUUUAACGAAAGACAGACAAAAACACGGACAGGUAUAGACGUUACAAACACAAGGAGUACAAAGCCAGCAAUGUACGCGGAACCCGGUAGUGACAAAUGUCCAGUAGAAACGUACAAAGCUUACAAGGAAAAGCGACCUGUCAAUUUUUGUGAUGACGAACACCCAUUUUACCUCGGUACGGUGACGCACAGCAAAACUCCCCACCAACGCGACCAGUGGUUUUUGAGAGCCCCUGUUGGGCGCAACAAACUGUUUAAAUUAAUGAAAACAUGA